AUGUCACAACAGAGUAGUUUGCAAAGUUUAGAGCAGAAUGAGUCUCCUGUCCCUUCGGCCUCUUCCGCGUUUGAACGCUACGGGUUCACGUCUGCCGAGAAUUUGUUCGUGAGACAAAGAAAGGUAUUCGAGCGGCACGCCUCGAUUGAGGUCGGAGGACAGAAGUACAUGAAUCAGGACGAUUUUAUUUCGGCCAUAGCCCCUGGGGAAGAUUGGAAAAAAAUCAAGAGGGAACAAUUUGGCAUAUUAUUUAAAGUGGCGGACAAUAAUAAAAAAGGUUUAAUAUCCCUUCAAGAUUUUGUGGUGUUCGAGAAUUUACUUUCAAAACCUGAUGCAGAGUAUGAAAUCGCUUUCAGGCUAUUUGAUGUUGAUGGAACUGGGAAAAUCACAUUGGAUCAAUUUAAGGAGAUUUUGUCAUCGAAUAUUGCACCCGAGAGUGUGCCGUUUGACUUUGAUUGCGAGUGGUUGAAGCUGUUUGUCGGUAGAAAUUCGGGAAAAAAACAAGAAUUGACUUACGAAGAAUUCACCCAACUAUUAAAAGGAUUACAGGGGGAACGAUUGCGACAGGAGUUUAAAUAUUACGACAAAGAUGGUGUCGGCCACAUCACUCCUGAUAACUUUAAGAAGCUCAUUCUUUCCGUGGCCAGGCAUAAACUCUCGGACUAUGUCAUCGAACAUCUUCCAACGUUGUGCAACGUGUCCGCUGGAAAUAAGAUUAGCUACGCACAGGUUGCCGCCUUCCAUAAUGUCAUUAGACAAAUGGACAUGGUGGAAAGGAUCGUGCUAAAAGCUAUUUCCGAAA